AGAAAAGGUGUUACAGCGACAGAGAAGAACAAGAGACCUCCCUCUGUUCUCGUUGUGUUGAGCUGUGUGUCUGUCAGCUAUCUAUUAUUAUUGUUGUCCUCUUCUUCUUCCUCCCCUUUCCUGCUCCUUGCCGAUGGGUGCAAAGGGAUCAAGAAACGUCGCCGCCGCCGACGCGGCCUCCCGCUUUGGCAACACCAUCGACGAUGAGGCGGAGCUCGACAGCGGCGUCACGCCGGACGCGUCCCUUAGCUCGGACGUCAGCACACCCGAGGAGACCGCCGCGAAGCGUAAGGCGUACGCCAACCUGCGCUCGCCCUACGCCGUCCAACAGCGACAAGGCAAGAGUAAGAUGAACGGUACGCCGUCAGACGCUACAACACAGACGCACCACGCAAACCUGAUUGAGCAGAUCUACAACGAGGACUUCGACACGAUCGAUCACAUUCAGGCGAUGCGGCUGCCGCCGAUGGUGACGCAGCAGCUGAAGAACGCCGUGCGAGACGAGGCGGAGCGGCGGUGCGCGGAGACAGAAAAGGCGAUGGCGCGCUGCCUGCAGGACAAGAUGUGGACCUCGUGGAAGUGCCAGAAGGAGCGGGACACAUACUUUUACUGUGUCGAGGAUGUGGAGAAGGAGAACCUGCUGCCGGACCCGAACAACCCCGGCAAGACGGAUAUGCUGACGGCGUUCCGCUGGAAGUACAACCUGGGCGUGUUUCAUGGCGAGAUUAUCGGGCGAAACAACAUCAUGAAGGAGAUCUGGCGGGAGCAUUACCCCGAUCGGGAGCUGCCACACCCGUGGGUCAAGGAUGUGUAA